AUUUUUUUUUUUAUCUUCUUCGAAUCCUUCCCUUGCAAAAAAGAAAAAAAAAAUCCUUCCCCUUCAAAUCCUUUCAAUUUAGUUUUAGCACCCUUCUUCUUUCCAUUGUUUGCAUUCACUUCCUUUGGUCUUCUUCAAAUUUCCUUGUCAAAAACUAAAAAAAAUGGCCGGGGCUUUGGUGGGUGGAGCUGUUCUCUCUGCUUCCCUCCAGGUUAUUUUCGACAGGUUGGCUUCUCGUGAGAUCAUGGACUUCAUUAGAGGGAAGAAACUUGAAGAUGGCCUUCUUAAGAAACUGAAGCUAACGCUCAUGUCAUCUAAUGCAGCGCUGGAAUAUGCUGAAAAUGAGCCUAUUACCAACAAGUCUGUCAAACUCUUGAUUGAUGAGCUCAAAGAUGCUGUUUAUUGUGUGGAGGACCUCCUCGAUGAGAUCGCUGCUGAAGCUCUUCGAAAUAGGAUGGAAUCCCAGGGUCAAACUAGUAUGGUAACGAAGGUAAGCCGCUUUUUCUCUUCUCGCAAUCCUUUUGAAGAGGGGAUGGAGUCAAAGCUUGGGGAGAUCCUUGAGAAACUAGAAGAUCUACUCAACCAAGACGGUAUCCGCAGUUUGAAAGAAUAUUGUAGAGGAGGAAAGAAAUUUCAAAGAUCCCGCGAAACUUCUUCGGUUGACGAAUCUGGUGUUUUUUACGGCAGAGAUGGUGAAAAAGAAGCAAUAAUGAAGUUGUUGCAUCCGGAAAAUCUAACUGAAAAUCAGAUAGAUGUGAUUCCAAUAGUGGGUAUGGCCGGGGUUGGUAAAACAACCUUUGCACGAUUCAUCUACAACGACGUGAGAGUGGCGGAAUGGUUUGACCUCAAAGCAUGGGUGUGUGUUUCAGACCAAUUUGAUGUUUCCAGAGUAACCAAAAGCAUUCUUGAUGCGAUCACUUCUGGUCGUGAUGAUAGUCAGAAUCUAGACCAGCUUCAACUUAGACUAAAGGAGAAGCUGUUGGGUAAGAAGUUUCUAUUUGUUUUAGACGAUGUUUGGAACGAGAAUUAUGAAGUCUGGGACGAUCUGAGAAGACCUUUCACUUCUGGGGCACAAAACAGCAAGAUUUUCGUAACAACACGUAGUGAAAGGGUUGCAUCCAUUAUGAAGACUGUUCAAACUUGUCCUCUUGGUAUCUUAUCUGAUGGUGAUUGUGGAAAGAUAUUAGCAAAACAUGCAUUUGUUGAUGGAAUUCCAAGCAUGCAUCGAGAUCUGGAGGUAAUCGUUGAAGCCAUUGCCAAAAGAUGCAAAGGCCUCCCUCUAGCAGCCAAAGCACUUGGAGGUCUUCUGCGUUGGAAUGAUGCUGAUGAAUGGAAUGAAAUAUUAGACAGCGAUUUGUGGGACAAACUAGAAAAGGAAGGUACUACUAUUCCUCCAUCUUUAAGAUUAAGUUAUUAUUAUCUUCCUUCAAAUUUGAAGCGCUGCUUUGCAUGUUGUUCCAUUUUUCCUAAAGAUUAUGAAUUCAAAAAGGAAGAACUCAUUCUUGUAUGGAUGGCUGAAGGUCUUUUACACAUUUCCCAGAAAGAUAGCAACGCGGAAGGUAACAAGUACUUCAAAGAUUUAGCAUUCAGGUCAUUUUUCCAACAAUCAACAAGGGACAAAUCUUGCUUUGUCAUGCAUGACUUAAUUAGUGACUUAGCUAAAUCUAUAUCUGGAGAAUUUGUUUGCAGAUUAGAAGGUAGUGGUGGUUCAUUUGAAAUAGCUAAAAAUACUCGUCAUUUGUCCAAUGUUCAAGAACAAUAUGAUGUGCUUCGGAAAUUUAAAACAUUACCCGAGGCAAAAAGUUUGCGAACAUUCUUGACUUUAGAGUCAUCUUCAUUCCGUCCUUGUGUUACCAGCCAACUGCUUGAUUUGCUAACAAAAUGUAGAUGCUUACGAGUACUUUCUUUGGCUAAAUAUCGUAAUGUCAAUGAGUUGCCAGAAGAAAUUGGCAAUUUAAAAUAUUUGCGAUAUUUGAAUCUCUCUCAAACUUUAAUUAAAUGCUUGCCGAACUCUUUGAGUACACUGUAUUAUUUGCAAACAUUAAUAUUGUUUGAAUGCUUGGAGCUUGUGAAGUUGCCAAAAGACAUGUGCCGAUUGAUCAACUUGCAACAUCUCGAUAUUCGGAAAACAGAGUUAGCAAGGAUGCCUGAAGGAAUGGAUAAGUUGAAGGAUCUUCGAAUAUUAACAGAUUUUGUUUUGGACGACCAAAAUGGUUCAAGCAUUAAUGAGUUAGGAAAGCUCAAGCAUCUACGUGGAAGCCUUGCCAUUUUAGGUUUAGAAAAUGUUGCCCAUGCAAGGGAUGCCAAAGAUGCCAAUUUGAAGGAUAAGAAGGACCUUAAGGAGUUGGAGUUGCUGUGGAGUUCUGAUCAUGAUAAUAUUGAUAAAAGGCGUGAAAAAGAAGUACUUGAACAACUGGAGCCCCAUACAAACUUGGAGCGUCUUGUCAUUAGACGUUAUAGAGGUACAAGAUUUCCGGAAUGGAUCGGACAUUCUUCCUUCUCAAAAGUAGUUUCUGUGGAGUUAAGCGAUUGUGAAUAUUGCUUGUUCUUGCCACCGCUUGGGCAAUUAUCAUCUUUGGAAUCUCUCUCUAUUUCAGGGUUUACCAAAGUAGCAACAGUGGGUGAUGAUAAUGAUGGUUUCUACGGGCAUUGUGAUGCAUGGAGUAAACCAUUUGGAUCUCUUAAAACUCUAAGCUUUUCGAAAAUGCCAGAUUGGAAAGAAUGGAAGCUUUGUUCGAGAGAUGAUGCUUUCUCUAGUUUGCAAGAGCUAAUCAUAAGAGAUUGUCCCAAGCUAACCAAUUCUCUGCCCAAGCACCUGCCAUCUUUGACGAAACUUGAGAUCGAUUCUUGUGGAAAUCUUGGUGGCUUGCUUCCUAAGGCACCAAGCAUUUGCGAAAUUCAGUUACGGCUUUGCGAUGCAUUGCAAUUGGUGCCAUUGCCUUGUGGACUUCGAGAGUUGUAUAUUUCGAAUCGGAUUAUCAAUGAUUCCAUAAUGGAGCAGAUGACGGAACGCUGCACUCGUCUUGAAAAGUUAACUAUGUGCUGUUGUUCUAAUCUCAGAUCCCUUCCUGAAGGUAGUCUUCCUAACACGCUAAAGGAAUUGACAAUCAUGGAUGGUGUCUUGGAUUGUUUCAAAAUCCCCUUGUACACAUCCCUUGAAUCCUUGGAGAUACUAGAUGGAAGGUGUCAUCCCCUAGAAUCUUUUCCGUUAGGAUCAUUUCCUAUGCUAAAUUAUCUUUUUUUAGAAUGCGAAAACUUGAAGUGGAUUGGUGCAUCAUCAGUGGGCCCUCACCACCAGCAUCUGUCAUUAUCUGCCACCAAUUUGACGUCACUUAGUCUUUACGAUUGCGUAAAUUUAAAGUCAUUUCCAGAUCAUAUGCACUGCCUCUUCCCAUCCCUUGAGGAAUUGGAAAUAUCAGAUUGUCCAGAAAUAGAGUCAUUUCCAAGAGAGGGUUUGCCCUCCAAAUUAAAAACUAUUUCUAUCAGAAGAAGUGAAAAGCUGAUUGCGAGCAUGCGGAGGGAAUGGAGUUUGCAAACACUCUCUUCACUUACAAGUUUAGAAAUCGACAGUGAAAAAUUAGAGAUAGAGUGUUUUCCAGAUGAACAUCUGCUUCCCUCUUCUCUUAUUCAUCUUCACAUAUGGGGUCUUCCAAAUCUUAAGCUUUUGAACAGCAGGGGCUUCCAACACCUCACCUCUCUUCGCCAAUUGCAUAUCAGCCAUCUUUCGAAGCGCGAUUACUACAGGACAACUAAGUUCCAUUCACUCAAAGUCACAGGUGCAAAAGCGUCUUUUCCAGAUGAACAUCUGCUGCCCUCUUCUCUUACCGAUCUUCACAUUUAUUGUUUUCCAAAUCUUAAGCUUUUGGACGAUAAGGGCUUUCAACACCUCACCUCUCUCCGCAAUUUGUAUAUCAGCCGAUGUCCAACACUCCAAUCCAUGCCGGCAAAGGGGCUUCCUGACUCUCUUUCUUAUAUUUACAUUUCCCGUUGUCCUUUACUGAGAAAAAGUUGCGAGAAGGGGAAAGGUAAAGAUUGGAUUUCCCACAACCGUGUCAUUAAAAUUGAUGAUAAACUCAUUAUAUAGCAAGACUCAGAAGCUAAAUGUAUCAACAUUUCCCUUUGGCAUUAUUAACGCAAUCUAACUCAGGGUCAGAAUUAUCUGCAUGGAAGUUUUCAAUACUUGGAUGGAUUGGCGUCAAGCUCUGCAUACUUCAUUUGAAAUUUUGGUUUCUUAGAGCUGCAAUGUUGAUUUGC